AUGGCAUCGUCGAACUAUUAUUUCGUUAUUGUUGGCCAUGCAGAUCAAGUCGUCUAUGAAGUUGAACUCGGUGGAUCAACUGGCCAAACUGUGCCAGCAUCAGAUAAUCGCCAUUUGAAUCAAUUUAUCGCGCAUGCUGCCCUUGAUCUUGUCGACGAAGCCAUGUGGCGUAAUACAACAACAUAUUUGAAACAAGUUGAUAAAUUUAAUGAAUGGACUGUUUCCGCGUAUGUCACAGCUGGUGGUCUUCGAUUUUUAUUUCUCUACGAACAUUUACCCCGCACGGGUGAAGAUGGCUUAAAAAAUUUUCUUACCGAAGUUUACGAAACCUAUGUUAAACUUUUACUUAACCCGUUCUAUGUACCGGAUAAACCGAUUCGAUCGGGUGCAUUUGAUAAGAAAGUUCAAACGAUUGCUCGUAAAUGCAUUUUGUAG